UGCGAGGCCAAUCGGGGCGACGCCUAGGUCUUGCCGGAGCACUCGUAGGGUAACUUCGCUCUUAAGAACGAGCACCAUGGCGUCUGGCUGCAAGAUUGGCCCGUCCAUCCUCAACAGCGACCUGGCCAACUUAGGGGCUGAGUGCCUCCGAAUGCUGGACUCCGGGGCCGAUUAUCUGCACCUGGAUGCACCCUGCUCUUCAGGGAGGCAUUUUGUUCCCAACAUCACCUUUGGUCAUCCUGUGGUAGAAAGCCUCCGAAAGCAGCUAGGCCAGGACCCUUUCUUUGACAUGCACAUGAUGGUGUCCAGGCCGGAACAGUGGGUAAAGCCAAUGGCUGUAGCAGGGGCCAAUCAAUACACCUUUCAUCUUGAGGCUACUGAGAACCCAGGGGCUUUGAUUAAAGACAUUCGGGAGAAUGGGAUGAAGGUUGGUCUCGCCAUCAAACCAGGAACUACAGUUGAGUAUUUGGCACCAUGGGCUAAUCAGAUAGAUAUGGCCUUGGUUAUGACAGUGGAACCUGGAUUUGGAGGGCAGAAAUUCAUGGAAGACAUGAUGCCAAAGGUUCACUGGUUGAGGACCCAGUUCCCGUCUUUGGACAUAGAGGUCGAUGGUGGAGUAGGUCCUGAUACUGUCCAUAAGUGUGCAGAGAAGACUUCACCAUGGAAAGUUGUGCCUGACUUUUCAGUCUGAUCAUUUUUUUCAUCCUGGCAUAUUAAGGCUGCUGUGUCUUCAUCCUUCAGCGGAAAAGCCCUUCGUUCCCACCACAAAGACUGAAAGGGAAAACAUUUCAGUUAAGUUUCUACUAUUUGUUUUAUUUAAAUUUACUUAUCAAGUCAUCUGUAAAUGUUAGUCUUAUAAUAACUAUUGUUCUGUUCUUUUACUGCAUAAAUGUACAAAUGCAUGGAUCUAAAUAGCAACUCAAAAUGGGAUGUACAGGGAAUAGUUUAGCAACCUUUGGGAGUUAUUUUUUAUCUCAGCCUCUGCCAAGAGGAUCCGCUGCCAUGGGGCACUGGUCUUCAUUUUCAGCCUAUAAGCGCUGUGGGAAAGCCCCAUAAAAGUAUUUUUAAGUUUGAUCUUCUGUUCCUACUUCAGUAUCUCCAUUUCUAUCCCGGACACCUACUGACAUUUCCUUCCCUAAACUUUCGCCAGCUUGCCUAUCAAUUUCUGUAGUCUCCACUCUCUCCAUUCUAGACAUGGUUCUUCUCUUCCAUCAGCUAAUUAUGAAAAGUACAUGACUUUAGGAAUGCAGUGUUAGAAAACACUCCGUGAGGUUAGAACUGGAUCUAGGGGGAGGCAUGUAAAAAUCUUAUGAGGAAGAGGAGAAAAAGCAGCUAACAUUUACUAUGAUUCUGUUUAUCAUAUUUGUUUCAUAAGUAAACUUUCACAGAAUCCCCAUUCCGUAAUAAUUAGGUGAGUAGGUGGAAGUUUGUGUGGGCACCUUACAUAGGGAGACAGUGUUUGUAGUUACUGGUGGAACUAUAACGCAGGACUGUACAUCCUGAUGCUAACCCAGCAUUCUGUACCAGAUUGUCUUACUGAAUUUAUGUAACGAUGCAUCCUUAAUUUUCAAUAAGCAAUUUCUAGAACAAGUUAAAAAAAAAAGUUAAAAGGUAAGUAAGUGGUUUAACUAGUUAUGUACUUACCUUGGCUUCUUGACUUUCAUUUAAUGAAGGGGAGCCAAGUGCACAGGGAUCAUGACUUUCUGAAGGAAUCUCAGGAGAACUCUGAGCAGCACAGUGCUGCCCACUACUGAAGUCAGUGGUGUAUUCUUUCCAAAGCAAGUCCUGUCCUUCAGCAUUUUUACUGAAAGCUCUAACAAAAUCAAGAAAAUAGGCAUCUGUUAUUUCUUGAAAUCAAGAAAAUAGGCAUCUGUUAUUUCUUGAGGACUUAAGAUUUUAUGAACCCAAGUCAAGUUCACUUGGUAGCCUUUCUUCCUUUAGCAGCUCUGCCCAAAAUAUUUUUAAAAAUUCAUAUGCUGAUCUUCCUAAUGCUAUUAUUUUCAUAUCUCAAAAGCUUAAAUAUUACUUUAUGAAAUCCUCUGCCAAAUUAUGAUAGUGGUUUGUUUUGUUUUUUGUUUGUUUUCAUCUGUUUUUUAGGAAGACAAGAAAGGGCAAUUACUUGACCCUUAGAGUCUUUGAGUUCUCAUGAUGUUCUCUGAUCACUGUAAUGUCACCCAUGAGGACUCAGUUCACAUUUUCCUCUGUACUUCUGGAAAGUUGUAUCUCUGGAAUGUGGGGAAAGAUGAAAAUUGAAUCUUGUGUGUUAAUUAAGGUAACUUUUAGAAUAAUGGAUCUAUACAGCAAAUCUGGAUAUCCAGAUACCGAAACAGAGAAAUGUGUCUUAAUGAUACUUAUUAUUUAAGAGAUUCCCCUUACCUUAAGUGACUACCAGACUGCACAUGAUUUUGCAUUUUUAGGUUUGGUUAUAUUAAAGAUAAUCAAAUAUAAAUAUAAACCCACUCUUUUUUUGGAGUGGGUUUAUCUCUGUCUUUCUCAAAAUUGUCAUUUCAGGGAUUCUUUCAAAUAUAUAAUUAUUAACUGUGUCUUUAUGAUUUAUUCUCCCUUCCCUCAAUCUAUUUGUGUUUCUCAAGGUAUUUUAGGCUGUUUACUUUUUAGAUUGGGCAAGUUUCUCGAGAAAAAAAAAUUUAAUAAAAACAUCUUUGAAGUAUUUAUGUUAAAACAGAUUACCCUCUACUAUUCCUGGGGCUGACAGUGAACGUAAGAAAUAGAUUGAAAUAAAAUACAGAAAUUCAUUUCAUCAUUAUGUAAUUAGACUGGAUAUAUUUUUAAUAUAAGUUCAGUCUAUGCAUUGUUUCACCUCCAGUGCACAAGUAGCUGAUAUUUUGCAUGAUUAUGUUUUCCCCCUUUUUAGUGGCCUCCCUCAGAAUUCAUGCAGAAUAUUUAUCACUCUGUAUGGAUACCACGGUUUUGGGUUUCAGUUUUUUAACACCUGCCUGCUGUUUCUCCUCUGCCACUUGCUUUGCUCCCACAGUGACCACCUGGCCUGCUCUCUCUCUUCAUAUGUUCUGUGUCUUAGGGAGAAGACUUCGUCGGAAAGAUCUUCUAUCUGGAAUUAGAAAUAAAAAUUGACUGUUGCUUUUAUUAGAAACAUUGUAAGAAAUGAGAUUAGUUUAUAAAUAGUUCCUUAUUAACAGAACGUUAGAAAACUUUAAAAUACAUGUAAUCUUUCUAAGCUGAGGGAAAAAAUGGUAGUUACAAGAUUGUGUCCAACUUCUGAAAAGAGGAAGUUGAAAAUUUCUAAAAACUUUUUACUUUUGGGCUAUAUUUGAAGAUUUACCUAGAUUACAAAUAGGUUCACUGUGCCACAGCUUGCUUAAAGUACUAUUCUCGAUGCUUUGUUCAUUCAGCAGUUUUUACUCAUUGCCCGUUAUGGACCACACACUAUUAACAUCAAAAGAAAGUAUAACUGGUAACUGUGACUGUGAAAGAUAAAUCAGAAUUUAAUGAAUGAUUUAGCUGUCCUAACCUGGACAACUGCUUUGAUUAUCGUGUUUAGGAAUUUGGAUUUUUUGACAGGGGUUAUUCUGAAACAGACAUGAAUAGGGUGGCAUUAAAAGGUAAAUUUUGGAGGCUGACAAAACGUAACCAUAGGGUAUAUUUUGUUUAUAGAAAGAUUGUUACCUGACAGAAUCAAAGAGUCUUCUACAUAAUGCUGCUUCUAGAACCUAUCACUUUGGCAUUUGUUUAGGUAUACAGUGUUUUUCCCUCCAUUGUUCUUGCCUUAAUGUAAGUUUUACCCAUACAGUCUAAAAUCCCUUACCUGCAAUUCCAAAAUUCAAAAAUCUGAAAAAAACAAGUUUUUUAAAAUUCAUUUGGUGACAUACACUGACCUGAAAUGAGGCGAGGCUAUUUUUAGUCUUACCAUGCUGUAACUAUUUCUCACUAUAGAAACAUUAAUGUUUGAUUACGGCAAUGAGAUACCCUAUGAGUGUUAGAUGACAUAUGCACCACAUUAAUUUUCUAAAGUCCAGAAAAUUUCAAAUUCAAAAACAAUAUGCAUCAAGAUUUUGAAUAUGACAUUGUAGACCUGAAUACUAAUUAAGACAGACUCAGAAGAAAAUACAACUGAGAAUGAAUAUUGACGUUCACAUAAAUUCAGUGUCUCAACAGCUUACAUAAAACAAAUGGUUUAUUUUGCUUUUCCUUAUUCUUCCCAUAUAUUUAUACAUUAUCAUCUUAGCAGUCAAAUUUGCACAAAAGCAUUACUUUUCUUGUGAAACUAAUAUCCUUUUUGGAGAGCUUUCUUUUCAUAAGUGAAAAAAAUCUGUAGAUGUUAAGGAUCUCAUAAUUCCCUUGUGCUCAUUCAGUCUCAAAUUAGCAGGUGUCAUUAAUGUGUAAUUAUCCAAUUAACUGGAAGGCAACUUACCUCUUCUUCACCUAAAGUGUAAUCAUCCAAAGGCUGAAGAACAACCAUCCUCCAGCUGUUGAAAACAGAAACCAAUUUCAAAUAGCUUUAUUAAUCUGUGUAAAUUUAGCAGUUCUCUAAGCACAGCUAAAUGCAGUAGUGUUUUCUUGGGACUUCUAUAAUUCAAAUGGUUGUCUUUAAAAAAAAAAAAAAUACAGUUCUUUUUAAAAGAAAAAGUUAUGAGAAAUGCACAAGGAGAAGAGGAGGCUUUCUUUUUGGCCUUACAAUCAACAGGCUCUUCUGCACAUAUGCAUUUUAUAUCUACUAGACUAAUUUUGAAUUAAGUAGUAGAAUGCUGGUAAACUGCCUCAGCAAAAAAAAAAAAAAAAAAAAAAGGCCCUGAUUUGUAGCAUUUGCCAAUUUAUUUGGUGUAAAAACUCUCACUAUGGCCUUUUUCAGACUACCAACAGUUUAACAUCUGGCUCACAGAAUUCCUCUCUAUGUAACAGUCAGCCCUGCUAUGAGCCAGUUCCAGCAUACCAAACAGUGUUGCUACAGAACAUCACAACCACAAAUGUUAUUCCUUAUUUAUGCAGACUACAUCAACAGAUUAUCUUUAGGAGCUCUCAUAAUAUUGCAUAGAGUAUUAAGAGUUCUCUUAAUACCUCAUAAAGUUAUGAAAUUAGCUAGAAAAGAGAUGGGUAAGAAAGAAUUACUGCAGUUGUCUCCCAGCUCAUGUCUCUGCUUCCAACCUCUUCUGUCUCUUACUUCAUAGUGCCAGAUUCAUAUUCUGAAACUACCUUCACCAUUGCUAAAAAAAAAUUGACUAGCUUCACUGCUGAUAGGGAGCAGAUUUGUGUAUGAUAUUCAAGGACCUCCACAGUCUGGUUCUAAUGUUUCCAGCCUUUCCUCUUUUUAUUACUAUUCACAAAACCUCAAUCUCUGGCUGAGCCUCGUGCAUGUGUCUCUAUGCCUUGUUCUAGUCCACUUCCUAUGUGCGUACCCUCCUACCUUCCAGACUUUCCUACUCUGGUCCUUACUGAUCUCCUUUGAACUCAUCUUCCUAUUUAAUGUGUUUAUUGCUGACUUGGCAAGACAUCGAAAUGUUUGUGUUAUACUGUAAAUACCUCAUGCAAAAGUAGUAGCUUUCUUUGAAUUCUUUUUGCAACCAUGCACAAACCUCCGUCUUUAAGGGCAAGGAUUGUUUGUUGCCAUAGUUAUUUACAUCCGUAAAUUCACUUUUAGUAUCAUAUACAUAAUAAAACCAACCAAACCUGUUGCCUUUCAGUCAACUCCAACUCAUAGUGACCCUGUAGAACAGAGUAGAACUGCCCCAUAGGGUUUCCAAGAAGUGGCUUGUGGAUUCAGUCUGCCAACCUUUUUGGUUAGCAGCUAAGCUCUUAACCACUGAGCCAUACAUACAAUAGAUACCUAAAUAUCAUAGAGUGAAAAAAAACUAGGAGCGUUAAAGUCAGUCUAUGAAUUCCUAAUUCUUAAUGAGAACUGAGAUGUGAAGUUGUGAUACCGUGUGGCACUAUUUCUUCACCAUUAAUAAUGUAAAGGUUUUUUUUUUUCCACCAUUUUUGGUCCGUGGUUAUUUAUACAAGUGGGAGAGGAAAGAGGGGCAUCCUCUUUUAUUACAAACUAAAAUUCUAACAUCACUCUGAAAUUUUAAGGAAGGAAGGAAGACAACAGAUGUAAGUAUACAUACCUUGGAGUAAGUAUUUCCUUAUAUUGGAGUUUCUCCAACUUAGCUGGGGCGACUAAUGACAUGGGAAUUACAAUGUUAUCUAUGUCAUAAGAGCUCUCACUUCUCAGUCUCCGUCUUGCAGUAUUCUGCAAAACAGGAUUGCAGUCGUUCUAGAGAGUAGCUUGUAUAGUUACCUGUGAUGAUACUCUCCUUUCAUGAGUUAUGUAUGUAAAGACAGUUUUGUAAAUAUACUGUUAAUACAAAUCUGGCUAUAACAUAUUAAGAGAAACAAGAAAGCAUACCUGUCUUCAAUAAACCAAAAGAAUCUCUUUUGAUAGGUAUGUAAUGUAUACUUGUGGGUGUACACACACACAGGCCUGUUUUCAAGACUAUAAAAAAAUGCAAAUACCUUAAGAUUCUAUCAAAAAAAAGGUUAACAUAAAGCACCCUAACUGCCAAUAAAAUGGUCAUUUAACAAAUUCACUUUUUAUUAGGAAAGGCCGUGAAGUAUGUUUUAGUGAGUCAUUUAGGAAAGACUACUGUCUUCAUUUAUGUGUUCCUCGUCCCUGAAUUUCAUUCUGUCCUUCCUAAACACUCCUACCUUUCAACCACUCUACUCCCUGGCCAGAUGACAGAAAAAACAGAAGGAGACAAGUUUGAAUUCUUUUUAAUCAGCUGGUUUUAAAGUUCAACAUACAAAAAAAAAUUUUAUAGCUCAACAUACAGAAAAAAACCUACUUGUGAUGAUGAAGUCUGGGUUCUUGAUAUAACGUUGACAUUAGUAACAGCAGUAAAAUUACUAUGGGAUCCUGGUUCUGUGCGUUGAAAAGCAAAUUCUUCAAAUCUACUUCUUUCUCCUACCAUGGAAAGAACCAUUGAGAAUGUCAUACAUUAAAUGUGACUGAUAGGUUUCAUUCGACGGCACUGGGUUUGUUUGGGAUGGGUUUCAUUAGAAUUUUCCUAAUUUAGGUGACAAGUGAUUCAUUUUUUUUUAAUUAAUAUAUCAGAAAAAAAUUAAGGAAAUAAGAACUUCACUCAUGGUCCCAUCAUAAUUAUCUGAUACUCUUUCUUAUCCUCUCAUUUUUUUUUUUUUCUUUUCAUUAUCUUUGACUUUCUCUUCUACCUUCUGGAGAUUUCUGACCAUUUUAUUGAUUUUUUUUUACUGGUAGAGCACUAUUUGCUGAAAGUUCUUAUUCUCUGGUGUCCAUUUUUAUAGCAUUCUGUUUUUGUUUCAUGGAUUAAAUUUUUCUUACUGAAGAUACUGAUUAAAAGUUUACUUCUAUUCUCUAUUAUCUCCUUCAACUCCCCUCCCCCUCCCUUUUUAUUAUUUUGGUCCCUUUUUGUGUGUAUAUUUAUAUAGUAUUCACUUAUUGCCCUUAUUUUACUUUAGUACGGACCUUAAAAAUACCUUCCUAUAUAGUGUAAAUAACAUUAUUACAUACAUAAUACCCAGUCCGUAUUCACAUUUUUCCUAUUUAAAAAAAGUCCUUUUAAUGGCUAGUUUGUUCAAAUCAGGACCUACACAUUGAAACUUGUUAUUGUCUGAAUUUCUUAUAAUCUAGAAUAGUCCUCUUUCAUGACAGCAACUCAUUAAAGCAACUGAUCAGAUGUCCUGCCCUUUGGGAGUUGCCCAGUUAAUUCCUUAUAGUAUGCCAUUUCACUUGUUCUUCUAUCCCUGUGUUUCCGUCAAACUGGAAGUCAGAUCUAAAGUCUCAAUUUAAGUGAAACACUAUAUCUUAAAAAAUAGGUGAUGUAUAUUUCAUAAUACAUCUUAUUAGGAGACACAGAUACUUUAAAAAGUAUGGAAACCUCUGGACAUUGGUGGGACUUUAAUUUUGUAAGUGAUUAGUACUGAUUAUCAAGUAUGACUUGAUCUGUUGUGGGAUUUCUAGAGAGAAUAGAGAUAAAUGUGUUCAUAUCACUAUACAACUACAGUCUAGUACAUCUUGGGCAUAAUAUUUUCUAAUAUAUAUUUGAUAUUACAUCUGGAGAAUACCUGAGUAAUGUAUAUAGUGUUAGAUCUACUGAACAAGAACCAAAACAUAUAAUUUGCUAUUUAAUAUUAUAUCUUGCCAGUUUUUUUUUUUUUAUAUCAUUGUUUGCAGUAGUUAUGGCAAUUGUCCUUCCCAAAUCUCCACAACAAACCCCACUUAUGAGUCUAGAAUACAACCAUGGAGGCUGAAUCCUAUCCAGAAGGAUAGCUAGCAAAAGAUAACUCUGGUCAGGGAACACAGGAAGGAAAUACUUAAUUGCCAUGAUUUUUAGCACUAAUGAGCAUAUUCUCUUUUUAACCUACCUAAUGCCGUUUCACUCAAGUGUCUUUUCUUUCUUCCCUGUAACAGUUGUGCAGAAGAUUCUGACUUUAUUUGAGGCUUACAUGUAGGUGAAUAUCCAUUUCUCCAUUGAUGCAGAGAAGUACUACAUACUUAAAUAAAAAGAAAUACGAAGUUUUAGUUCCUUAACACAAAUAGAUGAUGAACAUGUUAAUCUGUUUUACUUAUUACAUUGCCAAAUUUUAAGAUACCAGUUCAACAUGACAUAUACUGAAAUAAAUGCUUAAGCACUACAACGGGAAACUUAAUUCAGCCAGGAUAGGAUUCCUUAAAAACAUCCUCAGGAAGUUUGUAACUCUUCCUAUAUUUAUUAUUUGAAGGAGAUGUAAAGAGGUGGUGAUCUGUUCUCAAAGUCUUCCAAAUUAUCAAACUUUAUAUAGAGUUAGAAUUGGUUGAGAUCUGUUAAUUUUGGCUAAACACAAUCUGAAUCCUUAAGUUAACUCCUGCUUACCCUUAAAUAUGGAAAUAAUUCAGGACAAAGUAAGAUUCUACAGGGU